CUGCAAACGAAGUGAACCAGCCGAAAGUGAAUCCGCAAAGGCCAUUCUUCUGUCACUAUGGCGGCGUCAAGUUCCCAGUCGAGCAGUGAACAGGGAGUCAAAGCGGAUGAUGGUAUUAAGAAGGUUCGAUUCAGGAGUCAGGUUCAGCGCCAGUUCAAGAGGAAGGGCACGGAAGGAGUCACUGAAUAUAAGGAUAGGUACCGCUGGUUCACAUUUCAAGAGUACUCUACUAAAUUCAAACCCAAAUCCAAGCUCGUCUGUAAAGACAAAGAGAAGAUGGAGUUACAAACGUCUUAUGACAGGAAUUACGUGGAACAUCAGAUCAAGAUGAGGGUUCAGCAGAAGCCGACACCAUAUUGUCCUCCAGUAGGCAAGAUGAAAGCCAAAACAGUCUACCAGGACACUUUCACCAAAAAGGAGCCGGCUGACAUAGUUCCGUACGUUCCCAGCCUGCCUUUUCGUGUUCCCGCCAAACGAACGGACGUUGUGUCUGAGUAUCAGACUGCCUUUAUCCCUAUGGAAUCUCAGCGAACAAAGGCAUGUAAAAUGAAACAGGCCAUGGAGCUACCGGCGGGGAAGAUGAACGAGGUGUCCACAAUUCAGCACGAUUACAAAGAACAUAAAAAUUUCAAAAGAGUCCUGCCUAUCUACCAAGGCAGUCGACAAGUAGCCGGAAACUGUCCUUUUCCGAACAUCACCACCUAUCGGGAGACAUACGUUCAGAAAGGCAAGGAUAAUAAAAAGCCAAAAUACUGUCAGUAUGGUCCGGCGGCCAAAGCCCCACCAGCGGCCACACCACCCCCAGUCUCAGAUAAAUGGCAGGCUAGCACAUGCGGAAAUGUACCCCUGAGUACCACAUACAGGGAGAGUUUUGUCGGGGAGAGUGCCGAGCAGCGGAGAAUCAGGCGUCUCAACAUGAAGAAACCGCUGGAGACUGAAGGAUUGGAACAAAAGUCAUUUUCCUGGAACUGGGCACCUUACGGAAACUAA